AUGGACCCCAUGGCGUACGAAGGCGAGACGGCCAGCCCUGAUGCUUUCUCGGACGACUCUUCAUGCUCGACUCCGAGCGGCGGCAGCAACCAGCUCGACAACCGCCUCCAAGUGGUCAUCUGGCUCAAGGAGCACUACCGCGUCGGCGAAGCCGGCUCCAUGAGGAAGAGCUUCGUCUACCAGCACUACCUGGACGCCUGCCGGGAGAGUGGCAUGGAAGGCGCCCCCAUAUCGCACACGUUCUUCGGCAAGCUGGUCCGCCGAGCCUUUCCCGGCAUCAAGUGCAACCGCAAAGGACCCCGCGGCUACACGCACCUGGAGAGGCUGCCCAUGGCGCAGCGCCUCGGGGCCUGGCAGGUGGAGCAGAUCACCGAGGAGCUGUCCAAGUGCUCCUCGUCGGGGAGCCCCACGAGUUCGCGUCUGUCCCCCCUCCGCCCGAAGACCUCUCCUCGGCCCAGGGACACCCACCACCGCCACCACCAGGACCACGGCGACGAGGUUCCCUCGACGCCCACCAGCGACGAUCAUGCGCACCAGCAGCAGCAGCCCUGCCGCCACCAGCACCCCAACCAUGAGCAUGCGCAUCAGGGACGCCAGUGCUUCUCAUCGUGCUGCUCGCCGCUCUCCUCGCCACCCAUCGCCUUCUCCUCGGCGUCCACGUCCUCUUCCUUCUCGUCGUCACCGCGCACGUCGUGCUGCCCCGAGGAGGGAGAGUUCCACCACGAAGACGCUCCCUCGUGCUGCAGCGGCCACCACCACCCCAGCCACCACUCUCACUACCACCACCCGUCGUCGUCUUCUUCUUCUUCGGGCGACGAGUCCUACGAGUCCUACCACCCCGACGAGCAGCUCUCUCUCCUGCAGCAGCAGCAGCAGCAGCACUACUUGCCCGAUCUGGCCUAUGCCGCUCCGGCGUUCCUCUCCUAUCCGGCCUUCUACGGGCAUCCGACGACCUACUCCUCCUACUCGCCAUCUGCAGAGUACCACGCGCAGCAGCAGCAGCAGCUCCAGCUCCACCACCACCAGUACCCGCAGUCCGCUUCUCCCACUUUCGACCUGUCCACCACUGGCGAGGAGGUCGAGGAGGAGUUCGGCGUCGGCAAUGUCAACGCCCUGGCUUCACCUCGCCAGGGCAACGGGGUGGCCCUGACCUUCGCCGACUACCUCACCGCCUGCCAAACUGCUCGCCAGCAGCAGCAGCAGCAGCAGCAUCCCCUCCACACGUCCGCCACGAUCGCCGAGGGGCAAUUCGAGACGGACCGAGGAGAGGACGCUGCUGCGUCGACGUGGUCGACCGAUGGCUGCAGCCGGACGGAGCCCCUCGCGGCCCUCUCUUGGGCUUCGACCGCCUGGUCGGACGCCAUCUACUGA